CACUUCACAAAACUAUAGAGAUGACCGCGCCGGUUCUGUUUUCAGCGAAUAAUUUCAAUAAACUCAUGGCUUUUCAACAUGUCUUCAGGUUUUUGAGUUAAAAGUGCUGCUGGGUUCAUAUCAAAGGUGCCCUCUAAAACCAACAUGUCAGGGAGAUGAAAAACACAUAGAUGGCGGUGGCGAAGAAAAUUAUGAUGACAAACAAGUCAGUAAUGGCACCAAUGCUCUUACAUGUCUUGGACCUCUCAUAUAACAACUUUCCUGGGAGAACUCCAUCUGGCACCCAAAUCAACACUUUUAAUGCUUCUGCAUUUGCUGGUAGUUCUGCACUUUGUGGGCCUCCUCUAACAUCAACAUGCCACGGUGAUGAAAAACCUAUGGAUGUUGGUGUCAAAUACAAUCAAGAUGAAGAAGAUGAAUUCUGGCGAAGUUUUAAACCAAGCAUGGACCUUGGAUUGGCUUUCAACUUUGUUGGAGUUCUAGCUUUCAAGUUAGAUCAUCCAUGGAAAUAUUUUUGUUUCCUGCCGUUCAACUCCAUGAAGAUUUGCCUCGGCAACUUGAAGGACUUCUUCCUCUGUUUGAUUGUGACAGCACAUUGUCUAGUGGUGACAGUGAAUGCUGUCAGAUUGCGAAGAAAUUUCAAGUUUUAGGUGCCAUCAUUCAUUCCCAAGAACAUGAUGAAUAAGGUUCAUUUCGCUUCUUCAGACUUGAAGGAUUCAAGUUUAACCAAGUUUCUUUCAUCUAAAAGAAAGGAGGGGAGAGAAAUUCCAGGCUUUCUUCUCAGUUACUACAGUCUACAAGAUCAACUUUUAAUUUCCUCUUUGUUUGUAAUAAAUUAUGCUUCAUGUGUGUUUUGUUGUAUCAUUUCAUGUUUUGCAUGUUUGAUUCCAACAUCUAGUUUGUAAGGAAUGAAGAACAAGCUCCAGUUAAAAUAAGGCUGAAGUAUGAAU